AGAGAAGGUAACUUUGGUCAACCCACCUGUGACGUCAGGCGUGGUUACGCGGAGAAGCAAAGCAAAGCGUAGCUAUGGGAUUAUUAGCUCUUCUGCGAAAACUAAAAUCCAAUCCUGACAAGGAGCUGCGUAUUUUGUUGCUUGGUCUUGAUAAUGCUGGUAAGACCACACUAUUGAAACAAUUGGCUUCUGAAGAUGUCAGUCACAUCACACCAACACAGGGAUUCAACAUAAAGUCAGUUCAGUCCUCUGGAUUUCGGCUGAAUGUCUGGGAUAUAGGAGGACAAAGGAAAAUAAGGCCAUAUUGGAAAAAUUAUUUUGACAAUACAGACUUACUGAUAUAUGUGAUUGACAGUGCAGACAGGAAGAGACACGAGGAAACUGGAGUGGAGCUGCAAGAACUUCUUGAGGAGGAGAAGCUGGCAGGUGUGCCAGUAUUGGUAUUUGCAAAUAAACAGGACCUGGUAAAUGCAUGCUCAGCUAGCGAGAUUGCAGAGUCUUUAAAUUUGAACUCCAUUCGGGAUCGUCAGUGGCAGAUACAAGCAUGCUCAGCCUUGUCUGGGGAAGGAGUAAAGGAUGGAAUUGAAUGGGUGAUAAAAACAUGCAACAGUAAGAAGAAGUGACUUUUGAAGUGACCAGGACAUGGACCAAUACACAAAACAGGAUGUCAGUUUUGCUGCCAUGAAUAACUCUUUUCAUAGCCUUCCCAGCCAACAUAUGUCAGUUGAAAUUCAGAGCCUAAUGAAGAAGACACCACAGAUUCUUCACAUCAGCUUUGUGAGAUAAAUGCUGUGUGAAAGUAUGAAGGACUCAAUAACUUUUUAAGUGGAGCUUGUUUGUCACAUUAUUUGCAUGCAUUGUGGACAUUUUUCUGUUGUUUUGAUAUGUAAACCGUCCAUCAGGUACAUGAGUUAGCUCAUCUGAUCUGAAAUAUAUGUGUACUUUUUACAGACUGUGGUCUACGGGUGAGCUUUAGUAAACACUAUUUCAUGUUACAGUCAUCUUUGAAGAGAUAUUUGCUUUGUACUUUAAGUGUAUUUUAAAAUUUAGGGAAAAGUGCCUUUAUUUUAUAAAGGCAUUUAAUCUGUUCAAUAAGAAAAAAUGAAAUAUACUUCUUGAUUUCUCCAUGACAUCAUACUGCAGAAUGAUACUUGUAAAGUUUCUCAAAAACAAGUCAUUGUCUCUCCUCUACGUGAACAUCGAUAUCUUGGUUAAGUAGAACCAAGAUCUUGUCACCUCACCUUUUUUUACCAUCAUACAUAAAUCAAAAGUAAACCUGUCUAGUUUGUUACACAUAUUAAAGCAAUAAAACUAAAUAUCUCAAAACUAGAUGCCCUAUUUCUUCAGUCAAGUAAUGCUAGUUACAUACUGUUAGUUAAAAGCAUCAGGUUAUGUGAUUACUGUAGUUCUGGAAGAUACUAGGAAUCUAAAGACAGUUUUAUUUUUCUGUCAUUGCUUUUGCCAUAUUGGCAACCUUUAAAGUAGCUAUUCAUAGACAAAUCAUUGCUACUUACCAGUGCAAAGAUUCAUCAGAGUUCCUGUGCUCUAAAAACAUCAGCAAACAGAGCACACUGCAGUAGGUCGUCCAUCACUACCACUUGUAUACUUGGCAUACAAUCUUGUGAAGUCAUGCUUUUUGUGUCAGGAGAACCAACAUUAAGAACAGACCUUGCCCAAAUAUUUAAGCUUAAGAUAACACUUUAUUUAUCCCAGAAGGCAAUUUGGGGCAGCUUGAUAUAAAAGCACAAAACACCUUAACCUAUUCAUAUCCCCCAAACACUUAUGCAUUCAUGUUUCAGACAGCUGCACUCAGUAGCAUUCAGAAGUCACAUGGGCAAAACAAUGAAGGACAACCUCAGUCUGUUGGUCCUGCAUAUAAGUACAGAGAAUCAAUGGCCUGAUGGGAGUUUCGAAAAUUCUCAACAUGCCUGUCAUCACGAAGGAAAGCCUUUUAACUAGAUAGUACAAGAUUUAGUAAUACUUCCAUUCCUCUGAAUACACUGGACCAAAAUAAAUUUUGUGCCAUUGUCCACUGCCUUUCUGACCACUUCCCACUUUGCCAUCCUGGAGGAAGUAGUCUUAUACCCACUUUAAGAUGUAACUAAGCCACCCAUUCAUACCUUGUAAAGGGUGCAUCCCUUCCAGAGAAAAGUGUGGUCUCUAACAUUUCAUUCUCCAUGACCAAAAGGUUGGGGGUACUAUCUUUACAUUUUCUUUCUUUAAUGCAUGCAAAGCAUAUCAUGAAAAGGUCCAAGAAAAUCAAUCUAAAGCUAAAGAAAUGCCCUGUAUAGUGUUUAAAGUGCAGGAAUACUGAAAAGGGAAAUGUAACCCCAAAAAUCCAGUAAGAUUUUUCUGAGUGCAAAUUUCUUUCUUGUCAAACAGAUAUUACAUAUACAUCUUUAGUAGUGCAUUGCUAAUUGUUAUUUUGUCACUCAUGCUGAUUUCCUCCUAAAAGUACUUGUCAUGGUCUUGCUAUUCUUUGCUACUGUUGACAAAAUGAUUCUUAUCUAGGAUUAGUCAGCCACAGUGAAAACCAGGACUCAAGUCUAUAUUGAAAAAAAAAAAAUAUGAGGUUAUAGAGAAACUGAUUUAACAGUAAAAAUGAAAAUUAGGAAUUUUUCCGAGUAAUUUCUAAUUUGUAGUCUUAUUGGAAAAGAGAAAUCUGAAAAAGUCAUGAAGUCAUUUAGACACAUUGUGACUUACAGCGUUUCAUAGCUGGAUCAUUUGUUCAUGCAGAAAAUGCGCUACAAAGGACAUAGUUCAUACAGCUAUAAAAAGGACUGCAACUGACAAUCCAAGAGGACAAAAGUUACGCUGUGUAAAAUAUGAUCUAUCAGUGUAAGGACCUGAUCUGUUUACCAUCUUGAAUGCGAGCAGAUGGUACACAAAUUUCUGUACGGGAAUGUGCAAACUUUCAAAGAAAAAAUCAUCCUGCGUGCAUUGUCUAGGGGAAGUAAAUAUGCCUAGCAAAAUAGUUUUUCCACUGAAAUUGUACAAAGUUGCUUCCCAUGUUUAAUAUAUUGUUUAGGUUAAACUUAGUUGAUGCUUGUCAGUCAUUGCUGAACUGUAAUUAGCUUGGCUCAGGAAUGACUGCUUCAGUUGGGUUAAAUGUGUAAUUGUCUACCUGGGCUUCACUUCUGCUGUCCAAUAAUGUGGAAAGCAAGGAAUUCAACUUUUUACACUUUUUGUGAAUCACACUUGAAUUAUCUGUGUAAAUUCGUAUAAGUUUCACAUAUCAUCUCCAGAUCAGCGAGUGAUUGCAGUAGCAGUAGUUUGAAUCACCUAACAUGGUAAAUUUUUCAUUCAAAAGCAGUUUGCACAAACAUUUUUCAUAUGUUGGUUGAUGUAUAAAUAGGUAUAUAUGUGGUAUAAUGUUCAGAUCUUAUGGAGGCAGGAGGGAAAAACAUGGUUAAACGUCAUUAAAACUACUGGAACUAGUGUGUUUUCUGGUCUGCAAUCAACUGAAUAAAAUAGCAAGAAACCAGC